AUGUUAACUGAGUCACAUCAAGUUGUGGACGAGGCAAGUGUUUUGAAGCGUCUUAGUGCCUUGACAAUUGGUGGUCCAUCGGAUGGCAAUUGCUGCUCUUGUUGUGGAGUUGGACCAUUCCAAACCCGAGCGCAGCAAACAACCCACUAUAAACACCACUGGCACACCCAUAACUUGAAGAGAAAGCUUUUUGGCAAACCACCACUGAGUUUGGGUCAGUUUAACUCCAGACAAGAUGAUAACUCAAGUGUUUCUGGUAGCGACUCUGAGGGCGAUGAUGGUGGUACCAAACCAUCAAGUGAUCUGUUUGCUGCUGCUACGAGGCAUUGCAAAGCAUUUUUUACAAAUCGUUAUGGCCAAGUGUUCUGCGUCUACAGAUGUAUUUUGCACCAUAAAAAGGAGGAGCUAUCGACCGAUGGUGAUGGCAACGCGUGGAUAGAGCGAUGUGAGCGCCUCGCAAUCCCAGGGUACCAACGGUGGGCGAUAGUAAUGGUGUCCGGUGGCCAUUUCGCCGGUGCCAUAUUCUCCGGCGGCGUGCCGGUCUUGCAUAAAACCCACCACUCGUACGUGACUCGGCGAGGCCAGGGACAGGCCCAAAUUAGCCGGGACCAACACGGCAAUGCGCCAAGGUCGGCAGGCGCAAGCCUGAGGCGGUACAAUCAAGCCCAGUUUCUCCAGCAUGUUCAAGAAAUCGUCGCGGGCUGGACUGAAGAUUUAAUCGGGUGUGCGUUGGUUCUCUAUCGAGCGGUGGGGUCAAUGAACCAAGCUGCGCUUUUUGGGAAAAAUUCCCCGUUAAAUAGAGACGAUCCUCGAGUUAGGGCACUGCCUUUCCCAACUAAAAAGCCGACUUUUAAAGAGGUGAAAAGGGUACACGAUACUCUAGCCGGUAUUGAAGUGUACGAUACUAUGGAGCUGUUCCAAAAGGCGUUGAUCGCGUCGACUGCCAAACCAGUCGCCAAAUCUGGCUCCGACACAGCAGUGGAAAGAAGUAAGAAAACUCAGAAAAGUCCUAACAAGCCUAUUGAUAGAGCUAAAUCCAGGGAGCGAGCACCACGUGAGCUACCCACGCAGCUAAUGUCAAGCGAAGACGAGGGGCCGUGUUUCAUCGACUCGGAAACUCCCGUGGGCUGGAUCAGAACACUAUCGGAGCAAAGCUCGCGCGGCUUCAUAACGAAUUCGCGGAAGGACCUCCUGAACGACACCGCGAUAACCAGCCCGCGCAGUUCGGAGAGCGAACAAGGCCUUUCGACACCGAAAACGGACCAGAGCACCCCGAGGAGGAAGAAAAAGAAGAAACAGGACGAGAGCAAACCGGCGAAGAAGACACCCCUAAAAAUCCCCGCGAGUGUACAGAAGAUGUGGAACGCGAUUUCAAAUAACGAAUUCCAAUCGCUCGAAACUAUCAUCGAAAGCUGGGAGGGGGAUGACUUGGAAUCGGCUUGCAACACACAAGAUCCGGCCGAUGGCAACACUGCUCUGCACAAAGCCGCCAUCGCCGCUAAGCCGGAAAUGGUCACGCAAAUUCUAGCUGUUGGAGGUGACCCUUGCGUCAAAAACCAUCUUCUCCAGACGCCCUACGCUGCGUCGCCUCACCACGACACUAGGAUUGCCUUCCGACUCUUUCAGGCACAGUUUCCCGAAAAAUAUAACUACAACAAGUCGCAAAUACCGGGCCCCCUGACUCCGGAGCUAUUGCAAGAAGAGAAGGAGCGGAAAGCCCAACAAAAGAAGGCGAAGCGGCAACGGGAUAAGGAGAAGCAGGUGGAGAAGAAUAAAACGAACCAGUAUUUGAAGUUAACUGAUGCGGAAAAGGUGAAACGGGAUGAGCCGCGCUGUUUCCUCUGCGGCACUCGCCUCCCCAAGCCGCCGUUCGAGUACGACAGAUACAAGUUUUGCACCGUGCGUUGCCUGCAGAACCACAGGAACGUCAGGCCGCUGCAUAUGAGCGCG